AUGAAGAGGAGCAGGAUGCGCUGGUGGCUCGUCACCAUCCUGGGGGUGCUGAGCAGACCCAGCGUGGGGGCUGGGAGCUGCGGUCCCCGGGAGCAUGGGACGCCGGGAUGCCUGCCCGGAGAGGAGCCCGCCGGGGGUCCGGCAAGGAUGUGUCGAGCUUGUCCACCCGGCACCUUCUCACCGGGGGACGUAUCCUGCACCGCUCACACCCGCUGCUGGGCUGGGAACAGGAUCCUGGUGGCACCGGGGACGGCGGCCCCCAGCCGCUGCGGAGGCUGCCUGCCGGGGUUUUACAGCCCCGAAGGGGAGAGGGAGCCCUGGGGCCGGUGCCUGCCCUGCGCCGCCGCUCCCCGCAGCACCCCGGGGUGCCCAGGCCGGCGGCGAGCCCGCAGCCCCGAAACACCAGGCCGGCCAGCGGGGAGCAACGGGACGCGGGUGACCCUGAUGGGUGAGGAAGAGGAGGCGGCGGCGGCACAGGCGGCCGUGCUGACCAUUGUCCCGGUCUUCUGCGCCAUGGGCUUGUUGGGCAUCCUGGUCUGCAACCUGCUGAAGAAGAAGGGUUACCACUGCACCGCCAGCAAGGACCCGCAGCCCGGCAGCACCGGUCCCAGCUCCAUCUACCAGCUGGAGGACCCCAAUGAGGACACCAUUGGGGUGCUGGUGCGGUUGAUCACCGAGAAGAAAGAAAAUGCUGCAGCACUGGAGGAGCUGCUGAAGGAGCAUCACGGCCAACAGCCGAUGCCACCGGGCUGCACCCCCCCGAAUAAGCUGCACCUCCUGCCUCAGUUUCCCCCCGCCUGCCGGCACCAGCAGCACCUCCACACGGUGCAGGGUCCAGCCCCGUGCACCCGCUGCAGCCAGAAGUGGCCUGAGGUGCUGCCAUCGCUCGGUGCCACCAAGGUCCCCAAACCCGGGGGUCGCCCCGGGGAGGUGACCAUCCUCUCCAUCGGCAGGUUUCGGGUGUCCCGGAUCCCCGAGAUGAGGAGCGAGGUGGGGGGUGAGCCCCCCCGCGGUCCCCUCCCCGCCGGUAGCGGGAUGCGGCCCCCGUGGUUGAAAAGCACCGAUGGCCCCCCCGAGGUGCUAUAG